CCAUUAGUAUCCGCGCCACGGGCCGAUGAAGAGGAAGUGAGCGUAUACGGAAGUGAGCGCUGGAGCGCUCGGACAUGUCCGAGCUAGGACCGCCGCAGGAGGACGCCCUGCGGCCAGGGCUGAACGUGGACAUCCGCCGCACCGACGGCCGCGUCCACCCUGCUGUCGUGAGCGCGGUGCGCUCUCGCCUUGUCACCGUCGAGUGGUUUGAAAAUGGCCAGACCAAAGGCAAGGACGUGGACCGCCAGACGCUGGUGGCCCUCAAUCCGGCGCUGGCCAGGGCCUCUCCACACCUGGCGUCUCACCGCAAAGACUCGGCCGCUUCGAUCGGCGGCACGCCCGUGCUGCACCGCAAGGCCACGGCGGCCUCCCUGCCUUGCGCCCCGGUGCUCAAGGAGGACAACAACGAUCUCUGCAACGAGCUGACCCGCGAGCUCGAACGCGCCGCACAGCUGAGCCUGGCGCUCAGCAAGAAACAGGCAGCUGAAGCUGGGGCGCAGCACCAACAGAACCAACAUCGGCAGCAGCAGGUGGUGGAGCAGGAGGAAGCCGAGGCCGUGGCCGAUCUGCUGCGGCGAUAUCGCGCCGUUGUGGACGUCAGCGACCUGUGGAUGACCACGGACGUUCGGUUGCUCACACGCAUGCUCAGCACACGCGCUCUCGAGGACGACACGUGGUUGCGCGAGCUCGAGGAUUUGGUGAGCGUCAAGAUGGAGCUGCUGUCCAACUUACGCGAUGCUGUUAACAAGCUGCGCAAGAUCAAAGACAGCACGCGCAACUUCGCCCGCGAAGCCGACGGUAAUGGGAGACGUUGACCGUGCGCCCGACCGCGCACGCUCAAAAUUUCCGGCUGGCCUAGAGACGCCAAGCGGGGCGGGUUGACAGCUGGGAAUCAUGGUCGAGGUUGCUUGCGUCCACAUCUUUAGCAUCCUGCCACCUUGGCGCCAACGGACAGUACCCAACUCGACAUAACAGGGAACCGGUUUCUCAUUUUUUUUAAAAUAAAUGUUAUUGUACGCAAACAGUGA